UCAUCCCAAAAAAGUUAAAUUUUCCAACUUUUGUUUUGUUUCGAAUUCAACCCUUUUUACCUUCUACUUAUAUAUAGUUGAUUGAAACGUAAUAAUUAUUACGUUAUUUCUACUUAUCAACGUUUAACUUGUGUAUGGAGUCAAUUUCUGUACCUAGUAAUGAAAACAAGUCCGUUUUCUCAAGAUUACACAAUAGGUUUUUCCUAAAAAAGGCGACUCCUCAAAAGGAAAACAAGAGUCUAACAAUGAGUGGUAAUAACAACGAGUUAAGGAGGGUAUUUACGUACUUUGACGAGAAUGGAGAUGGAAAGGUGUCACCAACGGAGUUAAGGAGGUGCGUGAAGGCGAUAGGAGGCAAACUGACGGUGGAGGAGGCGGAGAUGAUGGUGAGGCUAUCGGAUUCCGAUGGGGACGGGUUGUUAGGAUUGGAGGAUUUUAGGAAGCUAAUGGAAGAAGAGAGGAAUAAAGAGAAUGAAUUAAUUGGAGCAUUUAGAAUGUAUGAAAUGGAAGGAUACAUAACUCCUAAGAGUUUGAAGAGUAUGUUGAGUAGACUUGGUGAGUCAACUUCCAUUGAUAAAUGCAAGGAUAUGAUAAGGAGAUUUGAUCUCAAUGGAGAUGGAGUUCUUAGCUUUGAUGAGUUCAAAAUUAUGAUGACAAACUAGAAGUAUCUUUAUGUAUAUUGUAGCGGAGCUAGUAUUUUUAUUAAGAUGUUUCAAAAUCUGAAGAAGUAGACACACAAACUAGCUGAAAGAGGUUCGAUAUCUACUAUAUACAUAAUUAAAAAAUUAUUUUAAUCAUAUAUAAAUAAUGUAAUUUUCUAUCGAAGCGGAUUCGCAUAUAUAUUUAAUUCCUUGGCCAUGAGCUCCCAUUUGAUUAUUGAAAAGUUAUGUAUACUUUAUUACAA